AUGGACAACGCCGCAUUCGGCCAAACACAAACAUCUCAACCAACUGCAAGGAUUCGCUGCAAAGGACAGGCCAAUGAUGCAGAUACACACUCCAUGGACAUGCAAAUGCAAGAUGACCGACAAUAUGACAUGGGCCUCAAGUCCGCCUUCACCGCCGACGCGUUGCCCCUCGCAACCUGCCUAUCCGCACGUUGUUUACUUCGACCCCAGUGA